AUGGGGGUGAAUGUUAGGCCAUUGUUGAUUGAGACUAGGUCUACACCAGCUUACUAUUGUCUGACUGGAGAGAUAGAGGAUCAGAUUGAGUUGCCAUGUUAUCAUGAUAUUUAUCAGUUUCUGUCAUGCGGCGCUUACCCAGAGUCAGCCUCGGCCAAGGAUAGGAGAGCAUUGAGACAGUUGUCCACUAGAUUUGUUGUUUGCGGGGAUGCGCUGUAUAGGAUAUCACCUGAUGGCUUGUUAUUAUUAUGUUUAGACCAUGCAUCUGCAAAUCGAGUGAUGAGAGAGGUUCAUGCAGGAGUCUAUGGCCCACACAUGGGAGGUCAUAUGCUAGCACUAUGGGGUAUUGAUAUUAUUGGGAAGAUCUCGCCCAAGUCUUCCAGUGGGCAUGAGUACAUUUUGGUUGCCAUUGACUAUUUCACCAAGUGGGUGGAAGCUGCUUCUUAUGCUAGGUUGACAGCGGCCAGAGUGGCCAAGUUCAUCAGAUCGCAUAUUAUCUGCCGAUACGGGGUACCUCAUGAGUUGAUCUCGGAUAGAGGGGUGCAUUUCAAGGGCGAGGUGGACACGUUGAUUCAAGAGUAUGGCAUUCAACAUCACAGAUCGUCUGCAUACAGGUCGCAGACUAAUGGAGCAAUUGAGAUGAGAUCUUUGAGAGUAGUACUAGAGCAGCAUAUAUCCGAGGCCGAGUGGGCCCAGUCUCGUUAUGAUCAGCUUAGCCUGUUGGAUGAGAAGAGAUUGAGGGCGACAGAUCAUGUUCAAGCCUAUCAGAGGAAGAUGACCCGUGCAUUUAGAAAGAUGGUCAAACCUAGGAAAUUCCAUAGAGGUGACCUAGUCUUGAAAGUCCUCAGGGGAUUGAUCAACGACCCUAGAGGCAAGUUUAGACCGAGUUGGAGCGGGCCUUAUGUCAUCCGAGAUCUGACUCGAGAGGGAGUUGCCUGGUUGACAGACCUAGACGGAAAUCAGUUCACAGAGCCAGUUAAUAUGGAUCAGCUGAAGAAGUUUUAUGCGUGA